CUCAUAUUACACGAAGCCGUUCUUUACAUGAAUGUGGUUAAAGCUUCGGACAUGGAGUUUACUGUAUAAGGGAAAUUCAUAGAUCUAUUUCGACAGAAACGGGAAUUUUUUUGUCCAGAAAUUUUUCAAGGGGGCUGAAGAAGAAGUCGUUUGUUGCUGGAUCUCUUUAAUCUUUGAUUGAUACUUGUCAUGUUGCGAUCUCGAAUCAACGUUUUCCGACCCUUCAUUCGAACGGUCCACAACAAAGCUUAUGGAAAGCGAAACCCAUCAGAGGGUUCAGAACCAUCAAUGCCGUCGUCAUCAGGAACUAAGCAACAGUUGCCGGACGACAUCAUGAUUCCUGGACAAUUUUUACGUUUUUUCAAGCAGAAAAAACCAAAGACCUGGACUCCGGAGAAAAAUACUUCAGUAAGUCUCCAUCGUCAGGGAGCUCGAGCGCUGAAUCACAACGAGUUUGAUUCCACACCGACAGUUAUGCAAGCACGCAUGGCUCAACGAAUCCAACGAGCACUCCUCACUAUGUACGCCACAGAAGCUCUCCCCACCGCAUUAAUAACACCACAACAUUUAAAGAUUCACGAUAUCAAAGUAUCACGAAAUCUUCGAAAAUGCCGUAUCUUGUAUGACCCCAUUGACAGCAACAAAACAAAAAGGGGCAAUGUUCAUGGAGCGCUGAUAGACCAUGCUGUGCGUCUUGAAGCACUUAUUCGAUUCCACGGGCAGUUGCAUCGACCAGUGUCCAUUAAAUUUGUUCCGGAUACCGAUAAGAAGCAAUUAGAUCAAAUAUUUGAACAAUUAUCUCUCGAACUGAAAGAUACCAAGGAACCGAACGAUGGAGCAUAAAAAAAAGAUCGCGUAUAUUUUCGAGGAAUCAUACAUAGGUAAUCAUGUACAAAAAAAAAGGGUGAAGCAAGACUGUGUCGGUCACAGACCUUCGGGACGACUAAGGCCAAAUCCCACGCGACGAUUACCAAGAUCAAAGACCUGUAAAAAUAUAAUGGACGACAUCUAGGUUAAUACCAAAAAAAAAAGAUAAACCGCUUCAAUCACCAUAUAAUGUAUUUACCGUAUAAUAUUGUUUCAUAAAAACGUCUCCGAGAAUCCAAGUAUCUCUGCGUCCAAUAGUUUGACCUGCAAUUCCAGACAGGCACAUUGUUCGCAUCAUAUCAUCCGAAUGCAUGAUGUAUUUAUCAGGCGUCAACCACAAAUUCACGCCAUUGAUCGUCAACGUCAACUCGGGCAAAGACUUGAUAUCUCCGC